UUCCAAUUAUAUUAUUUUCUUUUCUCUAGAGACAGAAAAUACAAAACAAACAAAUUGAUUCAUUCAAAAAGAAACAAACAAAAAAGAAAAAGAAAAGGAAAAAGAAGAACAAAGAAAUUAAAUUCAGGGAGAAAUUCUCGAUGAAGAUUUUCAGAGAUGUUUGGACAGUGUGGAUUAUUUGAUUAGUUUUCAGAAUUAAGGAUCAAAAUGGCGUUCUCUUGUGUCAACGGAGCUGUGGAUGGCCCUGCAAUAUUGCAGGUGUCGAAGUGGAGUCCAUACGAAACUCGACUGAACCUUUCAGAAUUUUCUGGAGCUUUUAUUUCUCCAACUAGGGAGCUGCUGUUAUUACUUUCAUAUCAAUGUGAAGCUUUAUUGAUUCCUUUGAUCACUGGGGAGUCUAGGGAUACAGAUGACCUGGGUAGGUGUUAUCCGGAAACUCACCACGAGUCAAGUGAUGAGAAUUUACAGUCUUCAGGUUUGGUGGAUUCUAUUCAGUCAGAUUCGUUGGAUGAUAUCCCAAGUACUCCUGGAGCUGUAGAAGAUGAUUAUGAUGGUGGAAAAAAUACAUUUUCAAGAUCUAAGCGUUAUCCUGUUCUUUCUGGUGUCAAAUCACUGGCUUGGGGGCACUACGGGGAUGGUUACAAUCAGCACAAAAGAGCUGCUUUUAGAGAACUUCUAUUUGUGUCUGAUGAUCAUGGCAUCACUGUUCAUGCUUUUCGUUACCUUGGUAAAACCCAUGGAGAAACAAAACAAUCGCCAGAGUGCAUGGAUGGAAAUGGGAGGUGGGAGAAAUGGGGUCAUUCUGCCACUUCAGUUGAUAAAAGUUGUUAUACUCAGGCAACUGAGGAUAGUGGCUCGUGUCGAGUAAAUGGGAAUGUUGGAUCCGAACAAAGAUCAAAUGAUUCCCCUGGUGUAUUCAUUAGCAAUGACUCCUCUAUAGAAAAUUCUGCAUCAAAGAUAUGGUUUUGUAACAAAGUUGAAACUAUUGAAUCUGGGAGCAAAAUGUCGACAAAGUUCCCUGCAAGUCCAUCGUUUCCUUGUUCAGCAGAAGUUGUUUCGUUUAGCAUUUCUAGUAGCAUUUCGGUAUUUUUGGGCUUCCUCUCUCGGUCCGGUACUGCUUCAGAUAUGAAGCAACAACAUGGUGAUGGAACACUACUGCAAGGUUUAGCUGCUGAUUCGGGUAACUCAAAUUCAAGUUUUAUAGACCAAGAUGUCAACUAUGAUGAAUUCAAAUGCUUAAGGAUAUUCUCGAGCACGUCAAGUCGCUUAAUUGGAUUUGUCAUGGCGCUAGAAAGUCCUGUCUUGGGCAGCGCUAGUGAAGAAAACGAAGUGAGAUUUAGCAAGGUCUUAGUUGUGGUUACUACAAUUUACCAAUGGGGGAUACAAUGGGUUACCACACUGAACCUUCAUGAUACGUCACUGAGUCAGGGUCUAGUAUCUGAGUGGACUGAUUUUCAGUUUUCUGAUAAAGGCGUUGUUUGUCUCAAUGCGUCUGGUCUAAUCUUCAUUUAUUGUGCAACGACAGGCAAACUUGUAGAAUGUCUUGAUGUUUUGCAAGUUUGUGGAAUCAACUCAAAACAAAAGCUGCUGAGGGAAAGAAAAGCGACCGCUGGGGGUGGAGAUGUGGGUCAUAGAAAUGCUGAUAGGAAAAACGACCUAGAUGAUAAAAUUAAUGGUAAUGCAGGUUACCUAAGUGAAGAUCAUUCCCGCUCUAAGAGAAAUUUUAAAAAAUUGAUGGUUUCUUUGAGUUCUUCACUUUUGGCGGUUGUUGAUGAAUAUGGUGUUAUCUAUCUAAUCUAUCCAGGCGAUUAUGCAUCAAAAAAAAGUUAUUCUGCUAACAAGUUGCUCCCACACUAUGGGCACUCUGGACUCGAUGUCUUUGUUCGUUGGGAGAUUGGAGGUUCUGACAUAGGCCAUCAUGAGAGUUUACAUAACGUAUCCUUGAGCAACGAUAGAUUCAACAAAGAAGAUGGAAAGUCUUUGGAAAACCAAAAGUGUCACCUCCAGGAUAAUGGGGGCAAUUAUAGUUACUAUUUGAGUGUUUUUUCUGCUGCUUCACAAAAUAAAGAUCAGGGAAUUUCGAGUUCUAUAGUAUCAUCAAACCCAGUACGCAGGAUAUUUCUACCUAGAAGUGGACGUAGUAAAGAUGAUACCAUUUGUUUUUCUCCCCUUGGAAUCACACGACUCAGCAAGACUUGGGAUGUAAAUGGCGGAAAGGGCUUUCACAUUAUUCAUACACAUAUGCAGGUAGAUUCAACAAUCCACGAGGAGAAUGUGUUGGCUUCUCCUCUCCCAAGGCGUGGCCCUCUGGAUACGGAAGGAGUGUUUGUUGGUGAAGCUCUUGGUUGCUGUUUCCAAGGUUGUUUGUAUUUGGUAACAGAAAAUGGUCUCUUUGUUGUUCUUCCCUCAGUUUCAGUCGCAACAACUGGUAAUCCAGUAGAAUCGGUUUGUUAUUGGCGGCCCAGUACCUUUAAUUGCACUGCGGAUCAGAGUGAAAAAGAUUUUGGGACCAAGAAACUCAAAGAACUCUGGCCACCUUGGAAAGUAGAAGUUCUGGAUAGAGUUCUUCUGUAUGAAGGCCCUGAAGAGGCAGAUCUCUUAUGUUUGAAAAACGGGUGGGACUUGAAAGUUGCUCGGUUGCGUCGAUUGCAGUUGGCUUUGGACUACUUGAAAGCUGAUGAAAUACAACAAUCUCUGGAAAUGCUUGUUGAUGUUAAUAUGGCUGAAGAAGGCAUCCUUAGAUUGCUCUUUUCUGCCGUUUAUCAGAUAUUCUGUAGAGCUGGGAAUGAUAAUGAGGUUGCUCUUGCGUCAAGACUUCUGUCUUUAGCAGCAAGCUUUGCAACCAAAAUGGUUCGGAAAUACGGGCUACUACAGCAUAACAAAGAGAAAUUUCAGGUCCAGAUUGUUUUAAAUGGAGCACAAAGUCAAAUAAACAAUUUGAGGAGGCUCCACGAGAUGACUCACUUUCUAGAGGUUAUCAGGAGUCUGCAGUGUAAACUUGGUGCACGUUUCAGAAUACCGGGACAAGGAUUGGUGGAUAGAAAUUCAUUGCUGGAUGACUCUCAUCCUCAAAGUUCUAGUCUUGUUAUUGUACCUUCGGAGCUACGAAACCCACUGGAACAGGCCUUAUCUGCAUCUGAGUUGGCAUUUGAGGACACUGAAAAACUCGCUUUGACUCCUGUUCAACCCAUCUCGAUCCCGCCUACUUCUGACUCGGACACGUCCAAUGCAUUAUCUGUUGUUGCAACGAAAGACGAGAUUCAGGGGAGACUAUUGAUUCCCUUGGAAAAUCCGAAGGAUAUGAUUGCACGCUGGAAGAUAGAUAAUAUGGAUCUGAAGGCCAUUGUCAAGGAUGCUUUGCACUCAGGUCGUCUCCCUUUAGCAGUGCUUCAACUACAUCUGCAGAAUUUCAAAGAUUUAGUUACUGAGAAAGAACCUCAAGACACUUUUAAUGAAGUCCGUGAUGUUGCGAGAGCUAUUGCUUAUGAACUGCUUUUGAAGGGAGAGACUUCACUUGCUGUAGCAACAUUGCAAAGGCUCGGAGAGGACAUUGAGGUUAGCCUCAAACAAUUGUUGUUUGGUACUGUUAGAAGAUCUCUUCGAAUGCAAAUUGCAGAAGAGUUGAAAAGAUAUGGGUACCUUGGACCACAUGAGUGGAAAAUGUUGGAGAGGAUAGCUCUUAUUGAGAGGUUAUAUCCGAGCAGCAGUUUCUGGAAAACCUUUCACGGUCGUCAAAAAGAACCUGGAGAUGCUCCAUCCAGUUUGACUUCGCUAGAAAACAAGUUGCACAUGAUGUGCUUGUUGUCAGUAAACAACUGUAAAAUUGAAUGCGGCGAGAUCGAUGGAGUUGUGACAGGUCCUUGGGCAAGUAUAAGUGAAAGCUGUGUGUUUCCCGUGGUUGAUGAAGAUAUAACACAUGCUGGAUACUGGGCUGGUGCAGCCUUGUGGUCUGACGCCUGGGAUCAAAGAGCCAUAGAUCGUAUAGUGCUGGAUAGGCCUUUGCUUAUGGGUGUUCAUGUAUUAUGGGAGUCUCAACUUGAGUACCAUAUGUGCCAUGAUGACUGGGAGGAGGUCUAUAAGCUCCUGGAUAUGAUUCCUUCAACAGUUUUAUCAAAUGGAAAUCUCCAAAUAAAUUUGGAUGGUCUAGAUUCUGCUGAAACAGAGGGGUUCAAUAUGGUGUCUUCUCAUUAUGACAAGUAUAUUUGCUCUCCUGAAGAACUGGAUGAUGUGUGUAUGACUGUGCCAAAUGUUAAAAUUCUGAAGUUUCCUCCUAAUUAUAUGUGCUCGGCGUGGUUGAAAGGGCUCUUUGAGCAGGAACUUGCCAAACGAUCAAUUUUCUUGAAGGAAUAUUGGGAUGGUACAGAAGAGAUUAUACCGAUUCUGGCUCGCGCAGGCUUCAUUACCAAGAUAUCUAAAACCUUCGUUCUGGAUGAAUCUAUCGAGGAUGUACCUGAUAUUAAUUUCUCAAAUGUUGGUGGAGAGUUUGACAGACAUGCUGCUCAAGCUUUUCAUAAACUCGUUAUACGCCAUUGUGCUCAACAUGACUUAUCAAAUCUUCUGAACCUUUACCUUGAUCACCAUAAGUUGGUUCUAGAUAAUGAUUCUCUUAUAUCGUUACAAGAUGCUGCAGGAGACUGUGAAUGGGCAAAGUGGUUGUUGCUCUCUAGGGUUAAAGGACGUGAAUAUGAUACAUCCUUAUGUAAUGCCCGAGCUAUUAUAUCAAAAAAUGUAGUUCUUGGUAGCAAAAUCAGUGUCUUAGACAUGGAAGAAGUAAUACGUACGGUUGAUGACAUGGCAGAAGGAGGAGGAGAAAUGGCUGCUUUAGCAACCCUAAUGUAUGCUCCUUCUCCAAUACAUAAGUGCUUGUUCAGUGGAAGUGUAAAAAGGCGUUUUAGCUCCUCAGCACAGUGUACAUUGGAGAAUCUGAGACCUGCUCUUCAACGCUUCCCUACACUUUGGCGUACUCUUAUUGCGGCUUGCUUUGGGCAUGAUGCAAAUGGCAUUUCUUUGGUUCCUGAUGCAAAAAGUGUAUUUGGCAACUCAGCUUUGUCAGACUAUUUGAAUUGGCGUGAAAGCAUCUUCUCUUCUGCUGGGCAUGAUACUUCAUUGGUUCAAAUGCUUCCAUGCUGGUUUUCGAAGGGCAUUAGGAGAUUGAUACAACUUUUUGUGCAGGGACCUUUUGGGUGGCAAUCCUUAGCAGGGGUACCUACAGGAGAAUCAUUUCUGCAUAGAGACAUAAGUUAUUUCAUUAAUGCUCAUGAAAAUGGUGAGGUUAGUGCAAUGUCUUGGGAAGUGGCUAUCCAGAAAAGUGUCGAGAAAGAGCUAUUUGCUUCUUCAUUGGAGGAGACAACAUUUGGGGUGGAGCACUACCUGCAUCGGGGACGUGCUCUUGGGGCUUUCAACCAUCUUCUAGGCCUGCGAGUUCAGAUGUUGAAUGAAAACAGCCAUAAAAAGCAGUCCGGCGCUUCAUCUGGACAAGCAAAUAUUCAGUCUGAUGUGCAAAUGCUUCUUGCACCUGUGACUCAAAAUGAAGAGUCUCUUCUUUCAACUGUAAUGCCACUUGCUAUUUCGCACUUUGAGGAUUCCGUGUUGGUUGCUUCAUGUGCUUUCCUUUUGGAGCUUUGUGGCUUAUCUGCAAGCAUGCUUCGCAUAGAUGUUGCUGCCUUACGAAGAAUUUCUUCUUUCUACAAGUCCAGUGAGUAUAAUGAGCAUUUUCAGCACUUUUCGCCAAAGGGUUCAGCAUUUCAUGCUGCCCCCCGUGAAGGUGAUAUUACAGUUUCUCUAGCUCAGGCUCUGGCAGAUGAUUACAUGCACUAUGACAGUAGUGGUACUGCUGAUCAAGAAGAGAUUCCUAAUAUUGGAGUUACAGCCAGUAAGCGUUCUUCACGGGCUAUACUUGCCGUUCUACAACACUUGGAAAAGGCUAGUGUCCCAUUGAUGGCUGAAGGGGAGACUUGUGGAUCUUGGUUAUUAAGUGGCAGUGGAGAUGGAGCUGAGUUUAGGUCUCAACAAAAAGCUGCAAGCCAGCACUGGAGUUUAGUUACAGCUUUCUGCCAGAUGCAUCAGAUUCCUCUAAGCACAAAAUAUCUUUCCGUACUAGCAAAAGACAAUGAUUGGGUCGGGUUUCUGACUGAAGCUCAAGCUGUGGGGCACCCGUUUGAUGCAACUAUCCAAGUGGCAUCUAAAGACUUUAGUGAUCCACGCCUGAAGAUACACAUAUUAACUGUUCUGAGAAGCAUGUAUUCUACUAGAAAGAAACCUGUGUCUUCACCAAAUACAGCUCCUAGGGGAAAAACAAAUGAGAUUUCCUUGUCAAGUGAAAACAAUGGGAUGGUUCCUGUGGAACUUUUUGGUCUUCUUGCAGAAUGUGAGAAACAGAAAAGUCCUGGUGAGGCUCUGCUCUUAAGAGCAAAAGACAUGCGUUGGUCUUUACUGGCGAUGAUUGCGUCCUGCUUCUCCGAUGUCUCUCCUCUUUCAUGCUUAACAGUAUGGCUGGAGAUUACAGCAGCAAGGGAAACGUCAUCCAUUAAGGUGAAUGAUAUUGCCUCUCAAAUCGCAAAUAAUGUUGGAGCGGCUGUGGAAGCUACCAAUUUGUCACCAGGUGGUAAUAAAGACCUUACAUUUCAUUACAGUAGGAAAAACGCGAAACGAAGAUGCCUGAUAGAGUCGUUAUCGGCUGUUACUGCAUCAAAUGACUCUGGUAAUCCUGGCGUUGUCAAGAGAUCUGUUUCUACAGAACUCUCUCCUGAAGAUGAAGAUAAAAGAGAACUAGAUGAUGAAGAUAUCAAGGUUUUAAGUGAUCCCGACGAAGGACUCACCUCUUUAUCCAAGAUGGUUUCAGUUCUUUGUGAGCAACGCCUUUUUCUUCCUCUAUUGCGGGCUUUCGAAAUGUUUCUUCCAUCUUGUUCUCUCCUACCGUUUAUUCGUGCUCUUCAGACAUUUUCACAAAUGCGGCUAUCUGAAGCAUCUGCACAUUUGGCAUCAUUUUCGGCUAGAAUCAAGGAAGAGCCUUUCCAUGCAAGGGCAAACAUAGGAAGAGAAGGGCAGGUGGGAGCUCCAUGGAUAAGCUCAACAGCUGUUACAGCUGCAGAUGCGAUGCUUUCAACUUGCCCCUCUGCAUAUGAAAAACGCUGCUUAUUGCAACUCCUUUCUGCAACUGAUUUUGGGGAUGGAGGAUCUGCUUCGACAUACUUUAGGCAACUUCACUGGAAAAUCAAUUUGGCCGAGCCUGCUUUACGGAAAGAAGAUGACUUAUACCUUGGCAAUGAAACUCUAGACGACGCUUCACUUUUGACAGCACUAGAAAAUAACGGACACUGGGAACAAGCACGUAACUGGGCAAGGCAGUUGGAGGCCAGUGGAGGACCAUGGAAAUCUGCUGCUCAUCAUGUUACCGAAACUCAGGCUGAAGCCAUGGUAGCAGAGUGGAAGGAGUUCUUAUGGGAUGUCCCAGAAGAAAGAGCUGCAUUAUGGGGUCAUUGUCAGACUUUGUUCCUAAGAUAUUCCUUCCCCGCAUUACAGGCAGGAUUAUUUUUCUUAAAGCAUGCGGAAGCUGUGGAGAAAGAUAUUCCAGCAAAAGAAUUGCAUGAAAUGCUACUACUAGCCCUACAAUGGUUAAGUGGAACCAUGACCCAGUGUAGUCCAGUAUAUCCUUUACAUCUUCUGCGUGAGAUUGAGACUAGAGUAUGGCUGUUAGCUGUCGAAUCAGAAGCUCAGGCCAAGUGUGAAGGGGAUUUUAGUACGCCCAUUUCAGGUCAGAACUUUACGAGUGGAAAUAGCUCCAGUAUCAUUGAAAGGACGGCUAGUAUCGUUACGAAGAUGGAUAAUCAUUCAAGUUCAAUGAAGAUUAGAGCUACAGAACGACACGAUAUGAGGGAAAGUAACCAUAUACAUGUACGCCAUCCACAAGCUACUGAUCCUACUAGUCCUCCUGCUGCUUUAGGGGGAAUGAAAAAGAAGCGUAGACCGAAAAGCUAUCUUCCAUCUAGAAGAUCACACGUGGAAUCUAUAGAAAAGAAUAACGAUCUUGAUGAUAGUAUUAACUCCCCCAGCAAUUCCAGGAGUAGCACCGAACAAUCUAAAGGUUUGCCACUUCAAGAAGAUGAUGUCGGAGUAGAGGCAUCUGUUUCCAGGUGGGAGGAGAGAGUUGGACCAGAAGAGUUGGAAAGGGCUGUGCUAUCUCUCUUGGAGUUUGGACAAGUGGCAGCUGCUAAACAGCUUCAACAUAAGCUCUCUCCGUUGCAUGUGCCUGCUGAAUUCUUAGUCGUGGAUACUGCGAUUAAGGUUGCAACCGUUUCAACUCCUAGCUGCAGUGAAGUGUCUGUGUCAAGGUUGGAUGCAGAAGUCCUUUCACUUGUAAAGACAUACAAUAUAUUAGAGGACAACAGUAUCUUCGAUCCUCUUCAGGUACUGGAAAGUUUAGCUACCAAAUGUGCAAAAGAUGGUGGGAGUGGAUUGUGUAGGAGAAUAAUAGCAGUUGUAAAAGCUGCCAACGUCUUGGAAAUUUCAUUUACUGAAGCAUUUGGAAUAAGGCCACUUGAACUGCUGCAGUUGCUUUCUCUCAAAGCACAAGAUUCACUUGAGGAAGCAAAACUCCUAGUGCAGACUCAUACCAUGUCACCGGCUAGUAUUGCGCAAAUUCUUGCCGAAUCUUUUCUCAAGGGUCUAUUGGCUGCACACCGUGGAGGAUAUAUGGAUUCUCAAAAGGAUGAAGGACCUGCUCCUCUUUUGUGGAGACUCUCUGACUUCUUGAAGUGGGCAGAGCUUUGUCCUUCAGAACCAGAAGUUGGCCAUGCGCUAAUGCGUUUAGUUAUUACUGGUCAGGAAAUUCCACAUGCUUGUGAGGUGGAACUUCUGAUUCUCUCCCAUCACUUCUACAAAUCAUCUGCUUGUCUAGAUGGAGUAGAUGUCCUUGUAGCCCUUGCAGCAACCAGGGUGGAAUCUUAUGUGUCUGAGGGGGAUUUUUCAUGUCUGGCUCGUCUGGUGACUGGAGUGAGCAAUUUCCAUGCCCUGAACUUCAUUCUUGGAAUUCUUAUAGAGAAUGGUCAGCUGGAGCUUCUUCUUCAGAAGUAUUCGGCUGCAGAAACAACAACAGGAACUGCAGAAUCAGUCCAAGGGUUUCGAUUGGCUGUUCUAACGUCACUGAAGCUUUUCAACCCAAAUGAUCUCGAUGCAUUUGCUAUGGUAUAUAAUCACUUUAAUAUGAAGCACGAAACAGCUUCUCUACUCGAGCAACAAGCCAUGCACUGUAUACGACUGUGGUUCCAACGCUACGACAAAGAGCAAACGGAAGACCUUUUAGAAUCAAUGCGUUAUUUCAUUGAGGCUGCACAAGUUCACUCUUCCAUUGAUGCUGGAAAUAAAACCCGCAAUGCAUGUUCUCAAGCAUCCCUAAUUUCCCUCCAAAUUCGCAUGCCUGAUUUCUACUGGCUAAACCUAUCGGAGACAAAUGCUCGUCGAGCUCUUGUAGAGCAAUCUCGCUUCCAGGAAGCCUUGAUAGUUGCUGAGGCUUAUGGAUUGAACCAACCAGGUGAGUGGGCCCUGGUACUAUGGAACCAAAUGCUCAAACCAGACCUGACAGAACAGUUUGUGUCUGAAUUUGUUGCUGUGCUGCCUCUCCAGCCAUCGAUGCUUGUAGAGCUUGCUAGAUUUUACAGAGCCGAAGUGGCGGCUCGAGGGGACCAAUCACACUUUUCUGUAUGGCUUUCACCAGGAGGGUUACCGGCAGAAUGGUUAAAGCAUUUAGGCCGGUCAUUUAGGAGUCUAUUGAGGAGGACAAGAGAUUUGAGGUUACGUGUUCAACUGGCUACUGCAGCAACUGGGUUCAGUGAUGUUUUGGAAGCAUGCUCAAAGGCAUUAGAUAAGGUACCAGAAACUGCCGGACCACUUGUCUUAAGGAAGGGACAUGGUGGGACCUACCUUCCUCUCAUGUGACAAACUGUUCAUGGAAAUACUGUUAGAUGACCUUAUGUUGUAAAAUGAAUGCUCGACAUCACGUGUAAAGCAUCUUUGGGAAAAGACCACUGUCAAAAUACUUGGGGAUGUGAAUUAAAAUUCACAAAGAACAGAAAGUUUGGAGAGCUUCAAGAGGUUAUUGUCCAAAAAGAGUUCUCAUAAUGGGAGAAAAAAGAUGGGCCAAAAGCAAUAGUAGUUGAGCCUCCGUCGGAUUAAAAGUUUUGCAGGUUCAAGACACCUUUCAGAUAUUUUAUACUUUUGGGAGUUUUGACUGAUUCUUUGGAGUUCACAGCCCCGUUCUAGUUUUGUCUGUGUAUUCUUUCUUUCUUUGUAUUUCAUACCUGUCGUUCCAUUUUCUUUCAGUUUGUUGGCUGCACUUAUAAAGAAUGCACCCUUUUUUUUGUGUGUGCAUCUGUGUGUAUAUGAUUUUGUAUCAGAUGGAAAUUUAGCAGCCGGAAUUUGUAGAAUAUUUGAGGGCUAUAUAUGGUUAUGCAUGAAACACUGUUAAUAUCAUUCCCUUCCCGGAAGGAUCUUUGAUUCUA